AUGUACGAAGGGAUUGACAACCUGAAAUCCCUUUACGACCGUGCCGGGAAGACUUUCUCCGGCGGUCCUUCUGCGGCACAGGAUGUGUCGCGUCGUACUGCUCGACCAGACCCAGUACGUCAACCAUCAAUUGGGAGCGGGGCUCCCAAGAAUCCCAGGACGGGGGAUAGCCGCGCCACCGGACGAGGUAACUCGUCCGACGUCCGUUCACGUCGCGGUGGUUCAACAGCUGCUCUACUAGAUAGCGCUGGCCACCGCGAGAGUCCUCUAAUGGAGGUGGAGGAGGAGGAAAGACGCUCUCCACACGAUCAUGUGGAUCGGUGUGUUCCCGAGAGCUUCUUUGAUCGCGUAACGCAAGGGUUACGCGACGAUCUCGAGCAUGAGCGGAAUAGGCGUCUCCAGAUGGUGGACACUGCCUCGAAGCAUCGAGCUGAGUUUGCCUUUGCUCAGCUUGAGAACGAGAGAUCUCUGACAUCUCUUCGUGACGAGCUAAGGGUAGCUCGUGGGAUUGUUGAUCGGUCUCGGGCUGAGAUAACUGCUCUUCAGACCCUUGUUGAUGCCCACCAUCGGGAGCACAAGGCUUUCUGCGAGAUGCUUGAGCGCAAGGGCGUUCUUCAUCGGAAGAAGCAGCGUACUGAUGGUACGGCUUAA